GUUUCGCUGGAGGUUGGUCAGUGCAGCCUCGACCUGCCUGGGAAGCACUUUCUCUGCUGGAGCUCCUCUAUCCACCACAGCCAAGAUGCCCAAAACGGUUACCGUCCGCAUCACCACCAUGGAUGCAGAACUGGACUUUUCCUUCCAUCCAAACACCACAGGGAGGCAGCUCUUCGACCAGGUUGCUCGGACCAUCGGGCUGCGUGAGACUUGGUACUUCGGGCUUCAGUUCACUGACUCCAAAGGUGUUGUGACAUGGCUGAUCCCUGAAAAAAAGGUCAUGGCCCAGGACGUAAAGAAGGAGAAUCCGUUGCAGUUCAGGUUCAGGGUUAAAUUUUAUCCGGAGGAUGUUGGCGAAGAGCUGAUCCAGGACAUCACCCGCAAGCUCUUCUACCUUCAGGUGAAGGAAGCCAUCAUGGACGAGGACAUAUACUGUCCACCGGAGACCGCUGUGUUGUUGGCCUCCUACGCCAUUCAGGUCAAGUACGGAGAGUACAGGAAAUCUGAUCACAAUCGAGGCUACCUGUCCUCCGAACGCCUGCUGCCAAACAGAAUUCUACAGCAACACAAACUGACCAAGGAUCAGUGGGAGGAUCGGAUCCAGGUGUGGCACGAGGAGCACAAGUACAUGAUAAAGGAGGACGCCAUGCUGGAGUACCUGAAGAUUGCUCAGGACCUGGAGAUGUACGGCGUCAACUACUUUGAAAUCAAGAACAAAAAGGGCACGGACCUGUGGCUGGGAGUCGACGCUUUGGGGCUCAACAUCUACGAGAAAAACGACAGGCUGUCGCCAAAGAUCGGAUUUCCCUGGAGUGAGAUCAGGAACAUUUCUUUCAAUGAGAAAAAGUUUGUCAUCAAACCUAUCGACAAAAAAGCCCCGGAUUUCGUGUUCUAUGCCCCGCGGCUGCGAGUCAACAAGCGCAUCCUGCUGCUGUGCAUAGGCAACCACGAGCUGUAUGUCAACCGCCGCAGGGCCGACUCCAUCGAGGUCCAGCAGAUGAAAGCCCAGGCUAAAGAGGAGAAGCUGCAAAGGAAGCUGGAGAGAGAACAGCUUGAUCGUGAAAAGCAGAGGAGGGAGAGAAUCGAGAGGGAGAAGGAGGAGAUGGAGCAGGAGAAGUACAAGCUGAUGAUGAGGCUUGAUGAAUAUGAAGAGACAACCAAGAGAGCGGAGAGAGAGCUUCAGGAGCAGCUCGAUCGAGCGAUGAGAUUGGAGGAGGAGAGAAGAAGGGUGGAGGAGGAGGCUCGCCGGCUGGAGGCUGAGAGGAUGGAGGCCAUCAUCGCGAAGGAAGAGCUGGCAAGGCAGGCGGAGGACCAGCUCAAGAGCCAGGAGCAGCUGGCGGCAGAACUGGCCGAGUACACCACCAAGAUCACCUUGCUGGAGGAAGCCAGGAGGAUCAAAGAGGAAGAGGCUGUGACAUGGCAGUCUAAGGCCCAGGAGGUGGAGGUCAGCCUCCUGAAGACAAAGGAAGAGCUUCAGCUUGUGAGGACCACAAGUGUAACCCGCGCCUCCUCCUCUUCCUCCUCCUCUUCGGAGAGCGACCACGAGCAGGAGCAAGAGCAGGAGAACAGCUCCUACAGUGCUGAGCUCCAAAUCCCUGCCAUCACCGUUCACAGAUACGAAGAGGAGCGACACACUGAGGCCGGGAAGAACCAGCGUCUGCAGAAGCAGCUGCUGACACUGAGUUCGGAUCUGGAGCUUUCCCGGGAUCAAACCAUGAAGUCCCAAUACGACCUGCUUCAUGCCGAGAAUGUGCGGCGCGGCCGGGACAAGUACAAGACCCUGCGUCAGAUCCGCCAGGGCAACACCAAACAGAGGAUUGACGAGUUCGAAGCCUUGUAAAAACCCCGGGAUACAAUAUCAACAAGGAAACCACUGCCCUCGUGCCUGUAGAACAUAAGUACAGCUGAUAUCUCAGAGCAAAACACAACAUUUUUUUUCCACAAGUGUUAAUGUAUUGGUAUUUAAACGUCUUUACUAUACAUGGCAACCAACCAGCAGUUGGCUUUUUACUGUAAGAACCAUAUAAAAGCGCAUUGAUUUAAAAUAAAAAUCGGUUUUUAUCAAUUGCCAUGUAUGGAUUCAACCAUUGCCAUGAUUAUUUAUGAUCAUUUCUGCUUCUG